AUGGCUUCUGGUGCAUCCUUCUCUUCCACCAACAAUCCUAUCACCAUCCAAAACUCUCAAGAUCCUCAAGAUCCCCUCCUUACAAUCAAUCUCUCCAAUAUCACCAAAUUGUCAUCCAUCAAUUAUCUCACAUGGAGCCUUCAAAUCCAAUCUCUUCUUGAAGGUUAUGAUCUUCAUCACUUCAUUGAUGGCGCUCAUACUCCACCACCACCCACUGUCACUAUCACUUGUGUUGCAUCCCCAAAUCCAGUAUACACAACUUGGAAGCUUUUCUCCCUGGAGCAUGACCCUAAUGGAACUAGCCAGAUUUUAUCUUGCAAGGGAACAACAGGUACUGGACUAGUGGCGUCCGGGAUGGGCAGAGUGGUCCUGGAUGUGUCAGGGCAGAUUAGGCAAAUGACAUGGAUUGAAGACACUCAUCAAUGGAAAUUGUUUUGGUCUCAACCCAGAACACAAUGUCAGGUUUAUGCUUACUGUGGGCCUUCUAGAAUCUGCAAUCUGGAUUCCUAUGAGUAUUGUGAAUAUUUGCCUGGUUUUGAACCUCGCUCCCAGAAACUGGGAAUUGCAAGACAGAUCUGGAGGACUGCCCGAGUAUCCACUAACAUUGCAAGCAAGAGUGCCAUGGAUUGCGAGUCAGCCAGCCUGAAUAACUGCUCUUGCUCUGCUUAUGCUUAUGACAGCGAGGAGUGUACAGUAUGGAGUGGAGAUCUUCUAAACCUGCAACAGCUAUCAGAAUCUGACAAUAAUGCUGGAGAUUUCCAUCUCAAACUUGCUGACUCUGAGCAAAAUAGGAGAGGGGAAGAUUUGUUACUGUUUGAUUUCAGUGACAGCUCAGAAGAUACCAACCAUGAACUUAGUGAGGCAAAUAAAGGUUGGAGAGGAGAGAAGAAGGAAGUUGAUUUGCCAAUGUUCAGUUUUGCGAGUGUAUCUGCUGCUACCAAUAACUUCUCUAUUGAAAAUAAACUAAGAGAGGGAGGUUUUGGACCAGUUUAUAAGGGAAAGUCACAAAGAGGAUAUGAGGUAGCUGUGAAAAGACUUUCAAAAAGGUCUAGACAGGGUUGGGAGGAGUUAAAAAAUGAAACCAUGCUUAUAGCCAAGCUCCAACAUAAGAAUCUUGUUAGACUUUUGGGCUGCUGCAUUGAGCUAGAUGAGAAGAUACUGAUUUAUGAGUAUAUGCCCAAUAAAAGCUUAGAUUUCUUCCUUUCUGGUUUGUAG